AUGUGCAGGGACAGGGAGAGCUGCCCCGAUUUUGCAUCGAUCCCCGACGCCUUUGCCGUGAUGGUGCAGACCCUCGGGUCCGAGAGCAUGCGGGCGCAGGGCUGUGCCGCGGACGCCCUCGGCUGCGUUGCGGCCGCUGGCCUCCGAGCCGCUGCCGCGAUCGCAUUACAUCCCAGAGCCUAUCUCGCGCUUGCGCGCUUGCUGGGUGCCCACGACGCCGAGGUGGGCGAGGAGGCGGGGCGAUCCGGCGACUCGCCGCCCAAGUACUGGCACCUCGCCGCGGCAGUGGCUCUGGCGGUGCUCGCGCGCCAGGUGCCGCGAUUCCCGGAACUCCUCCGCGAGGGCGGGCCGCGGCAGCGGCUGCGCGCCCGCCUCGGGGGCCUGGCUUUGAGCGCCGAGGUGCGCGAGGAGAUGUCCCUGGGCUGCCCAGUGGCGGACCUGUUCGAAACCGACGAGGUCUUCCAGGUGAUCGAGAAGUGCCUGAGCGAGCCGACAGGAGAGCCCCGCGCGCUUUAG